AUGAUCAACACUGACUCUGAGCUAUUGGAUGAGGAGCCUGGGCUGGAUUUGGUUUCGGCUGUCCCGUUUAUGUGGCUGCUGUUCCCAUAUUACUCAAAGGCUCUGCAGUGUUCUGGAUAAUAGAUGGGAUUCUACAGCUGAGAAAACAGCAACGAUGAAUUGUGUGAAAGCAUUUUCCAGAAUCUCUGAAGAGCAGCUGCUGAAGAAUGAUUCCCUAAAACCCGUCUGGCUUCCCUUCCCCUGCAAUUCUUAAAACUACAUUUCAGAUAUUUUGAUUUUGAUUACUACAGACAGUUAAGUGCAUUAUACAUUGGAUUAAGGGGAAAAAAACAUUUUUCCAGGUGAACUGACAACACCUCAGGUAGAGACAACACCUGCUCAGAAAUGACUGGAGCCUUGCUUACUGGAUUCAUACUCUUCUUGCUGAAGGUGGUUUGUGAAAGUGAGCCAACACAUGCUGGGACAGACAGAGUGGAGGACUCUCAUGUCCAUCUAACGCCACAGUGGGCUCUCCAGCUGGUCAAUGACUCGCUGCCCUUCUCCAGAGCUGAUAGCUUUUGCAGAGGCCAGUUCGGUUCCCUUCUUCCAUUGGACCAGUUAGAAGACCAGGAGGAACCGCUGGAGCUCCUACGACAGAUAGGCCUCCGCUCACCAGUCUGGGUCAGGGAUUCCAGCAGACCAGUCUCCAAGCCUGUGGCUGUCUCCAGGCAGUAUUUGCAGUUCUCAGCUCUAAACUUCCCAAAGGAGUCCCGUGAGGGCUUUGCUCAUGUCAACAUCUCCUUACCUGCCUUGUCAUCCAUCAGUGUGUGUGUUCGAGUUCAGUGGGACCCAGAGUGGAAUGAGGUGUCAACCAUCUUCUCCUAUGCUGCACCUGUCUUUACCAAUGAGUUUCAGCUGCGAGGCCAAGUGGACGUGCAGGGUCGCAUCCUCCUGGCACUCAUCAUUCAUGGAAAGCAUCUUCCAUACAAGGCCUCGUUCCCAAAUAACGGAGAAUGGCAUCACAUCUGCGUCACGUGGCGCCGGAACAGCAACCAGUGGGCUAUCUAUGUGGAUGGGGACAAGAAAGACAUGGGCUCAGGCAGUGACACGUACAGGGAUAUCUAUAGGGAUGGGAUUCUGAUCCUGGGUCAGGACCAAGACUCAUUUGGUGGGAAUUUCACAGAGCCUUUUUUUGGAAAUAUUACAGACCUGAAUGUUUGGAACAUGUCUUUGGAAGCAAGACAUGUUCAUAGCCUGAGCUCAUGUUUACCCAGUUCACCCAUGUUAACCCAGGACAUGCUGUUCAGCUGGAAUCUUGACCUCAUCAGCAGCCACCCUGUGGUCCAAAAGGUGCAGGCUCUUCUGUUUUGCCCAGCAGGAGUGCACCAGCAGAUGGCGCCGCAGGGCUGCAGGACCCUGCAGGGUUGGUCAGAACAGCAGCCACCGUUGGGCCUCACAGACUGUUCUGAUCUGUUGCCAUUUAUAUGCAGGAGCAGCAGAGAGCGAUACCUGAGGAUGAAGCAGAUGAGGGAAUCUCAGAGCUCUCAGCCAACUGCAUUUAUGAACCAGCUGAUGAAGCUUUCCAAUACCAGCGAGCCAGUACUGGGGCAGCAGCGACUGGGGCUGGACGGCCUGGCCCAGGCUUCGGUCCUGCUGAACAUGUCUGCCCAGGCCCUGGAAGUCACGCAGCAGGAGCGACUGCAGCCUGCCGACAUGGUGUCACUUAUCCAGCUGCUGUCUGUGACCGCAGAUGUUCCCUCACAGCCGCCUUCCAGAGCUGAGAAUGGCAGCCAGGAAAACUUCCAGGAACUCGGUCAGCACUUCAUCAGUGUGGCCGACAGCAUCAUCAGCGAAGACAACACCCUCACGUGGCAAGCCAUCAAAGAGGUGGUGAACGGCCCCAUGGAUGUUGUCAAGAGCAUUGACCGGAUGGUGACCCGCUUAAGCCCUCGCUUGAUGGCAGAGACUGAUCACCUGACCAUCCGCAGUCCCAACAUCAAACUGGAGGUGCAGCAACAGAGGCUGCAGGAGGGAUCCAAAGUGCCAAGCUUCUGUGGACCAGAAACAGAAAAACUCACCAAAUUAGACUGUAUUUCAGUCCCGCGUCAGAAAAUACAGGAUCUCCAUAACAACGGCUUUUAUAAGCUCACCUUGGUCAACACGUGGUAUGGAUCUCUGAGGCCUCUCUUUAACCCAGAGGAGAACAUCAGCAUGGUUCCUACUGUCACUGAUGGCAGCCAGAGGUAUCUGGGCACUUUUCUGGGUUCUUCUGUUAUUUCCACCACAGUACUGGGAGAUGACCAGCCAGUUAGCAUGGCAGUUCACUUCCAGCUCCAGCACCGAGUUCAGGAUUCUGUUGGUAACGUCUUUGAUCCAGUGUGUGCCUUCUGGGAUUUUGACCUCAAUCCAGAAGCUGGUGGGUGGUGGAAUACCAAAGGCUGUGAGGUGGUGUCCAAAUAUUAUGGCUACACUGUGUGCUACUGCAACCACACCACCAAUUUUGCAUUGUUGCUGCAGGUUUAUGAAGCUCAGAGAAGCCCAGAAAAUGAAAAAGCUCUGCAGGUGCUGACGUUCAUUGGCUGUGGAGUAUCUCUGUGUGGCCUCCUCUUCACCUUCAUCCUCUUCAUUGCUGUGGGCGUCCCUAAAUCGGACCGUACCACUGUCCAUAAGAACCUGAUAGUUGCUUUGGGCAUGGCUGAGCUGCUGCUGAUGUGUAGUGACUGGGCAUCUGAAAAUGAGGCAGCAUGUUUCCUGGUGACUGCACUACUUCACCUCUUCUUCAUGGCUUCCUUCUCUUGGAUGCUGGUGGAGGGUCUUCUGUUGUGGAGCAAAGUUGUGUCUGUCAACAUUAGCGAGGAUCGCAGGAUGAAGCUCUACUACCUCAUCGGCUGGGGACUGCCGGUCCUGAUAGUUGGUGUAACAUUGGUGAUAUCAGUGAACAAGUACAAGGCAGACGAUCACUGCUGGCUAAACAUGAAGACUGACACAAUCUGGGCCUUUGUGGGACCUGUUAUAUUUGUGUUGGUGGUCAAUGCAGUUGUGCUGUGUCGGGUUGUCAUGGUGACCGUUUCCAGUGCUCAUCGUCGUGCAAAGAUGCUCAGUCCAAGCUCAGCAUCAAAGAUGCAGACCUUUGACCUCUCCUGGGCUGUGACCCGUCCAGUUCUCAUCCUGCUGCCUGUCCUGGGUCUGACGUGGUUGUGUGGAGUGCUGGUCCAUCUGUCUGUGGUGGUUGCCUACAUCUUCAUUGCACUCAACUCUUUUCAAGGCUUCUACAUCUUCUUGGUAUAUGCUGUGUACAACAGUGAGGUGAGGAAUGCCAUAAAGAGGAUCAAAGAAAAAAGAAAGGCCUUGUCUUUCACGAACUGCUCCCAGCCAACCAGCUUCCUACCAUCUCAGAGGGCUCCAAUUACCUCUUGGAGCCGCAAUCCACCAACCCCCUACAGCCCAGAGACCAGUGAGACUUCUGGACCCACGAGCUCCACCUCUACGUCACUGGUCAUCAAGAAUGAGAGUUUCAGAAAGGAGAGCUUUGUGAGCUUCUCUUUGAAACAAGCAUCUGGAAACCAACAGGUGGUUCAGCUGACAGGGUUCAAGCCAUCAGGUUGUUGAACGGCAAGUGGACUGGAUCCUGUACUAAUUUACCACACACUCAUCAUCACUAUAAAAGAAGUGGACACACAAACACACAUUGGAUGGAGAGCGUGGAAGAAAAUGUGCAUGAAGGAAGAUGAAGCUCCUCCUUCUCCCACUGUUACUGUACUGUUCUCAGAUCAGUAUUCAUCUACGAGCUCACUUACAUAAUAUCCCACAGUGGUGAGGACGAUUCUGGUCAGCUUCAGUCUGUUUUCAGGUGCUUCAGCUGAAAGAGGAACACUUUUACAAACUUGCCUAAAAUCUGAAUUGAGCUUCAGGACUCUUUUGGGGCAAAUGACAACUUCCUGCAGUGUGAUGUAGAAACCUGAAGUCUAACAAUGGAUUUCCACUGAUUAUCAUGUACUUAGACCUUAUUUAAAGAAUGUCUAACCAAGUAAUAGGAUUAGUUUUUUUAUGAAAAAAAAUCAUCAGACGCGAUUCUUUAAAGGAUUGAAGAGAAUUUUUUACAUCUUCAAACUGCUUAUGCUUACAACAAACACACACAGAAGCAGUUCAAAGGUCAGAAACACCUUCCUGUUCUGUGCAUGCAUCAUGUGCUGGAUUCAUUCUCUUUUUUCGAGCUUCAGUUUCAUCAUGGAUCAUCAAGUUCAAUAAUGCAUCUAGUGCUGUAAAAUAAGCCUGAAUAAUCAGACAGGAAGUGGCUUGAUGUGUUGAAAGUGUGCACAUUAACUUCAGUUUGGUACCAAAUACCAUUGAGACAUGUUUUUUUUUUUUGUUUUGUUUGUUUGUU